GGGAGCCACUGCUGAAAGCUGAACCGGGAACCAGGAAAUGCACAAGCCUCUUUUGGUGGAAGAAGAGCUGGGCUCCCUAGAAGACAGAGCACCAUGGGAAACCAGCUCUGCUGCGGGGGAAGCUGGAGCUGUACAUCAACUUUACAGAGGAAAAAGAAAAUAGGGAGCCGAGCAGGAGGAACACUGAGGUUGCAGGAGCAGCAGCCGCAGCUUGAGCGGUGGCGGCAGCUGAAUGACACGGAGGUAAUGAGAAGCCUCGGUCCCUCCGAAGGCUGUUCAGACCUGGCACCCCAGGACUCAGCUUAUCCAGCCCGAGACAGAGGGGGAAAGGGAGCAACCAAGCCAAGAAUCUUCCUUAACGCUGUUCGUUCCUCUCAGGACACAAUGGGACACAUGUACGAGCAGGUGUUACUGCAGCCUGCAUCUCAGCAGAGGAGCCGUCAAAGCCUCAGGUCGGAGGACAGCGGCUUGUAUUAUGCAGACAUUCAACUGUACAGCUUUCCCCAGCCACGCUCUGUCCAGGAGGUGAAGCACCUGCAGUUAAAAAAUGCUACGGAGUAUGCGACCCUUCGCUUCCCCCAGGUGACACCUCGCUAUGACAGCAAGAACGGGACCCUUGUGUGAGCCCUGAUGGGGAGGCGCUACCUGUCGGCAUCAUUUCAUCACUACGGCUCUGGGGGACUGGCUGGCAGCCUGAAGAACAGUGGACACGUUUUAGGCUUAAAGAACUCCAGAGCCCCCGGAAUUGCAAACUCCCAGUCCUGCGCUCUGCCUCGGCCUAUCUCUUAUUUGCCACCAUUAGCAAACAGCUAAUAGCACCAUUAGCUUGAGUUACCUGGGGGUGGAUGGAGUUGCACAGAAUGAGGGUGCUAGGUUGAGUGUGCAAGAAGGUGGGGUGUUGACCCCUAUCUUUGCUCCUGCCCUCAGGGAAAGUGCAGGAAGAACAGGUUCCCCUUGAAGCACUUGCACGUGAGCUGACUUUGUUGGAGUCCGUUUGAUGGUAUCCCUCCUACACACCUUUCAGCUCCUAAGCUAAAGAGGUGCUCUGGAAAGCAUUCAGGGCUCUUGUACACAGCUCCUAGAUCUGGGUUGGGCAAUUUCCUCAGAGGCUGGGUCAAAAGGGUCCAGACCCUACACGAACAAGUGAGGGCGGGACUGAAGCAUGGAGCAAGCGUUUUUGGACCAUCGAUUGCAAGGACGUCAAGUCAUCGAUGUCGACAGCACUGCGAGGCCCAGAAACUUCCCCUUAAGCUGGACUGUUUUCUCUCAGGGAUGCAGAGCCGUCAAGAUCAAUAAAUCGCAUAAGGAACCUG